CAAACACUGGAACUAGUGAUUGUGUCUGUAUUAGUCUUGUUUUGACUUGUUUGUUGGCUUGUUUGUGGUGUUGUGGUUGAGGCAGGGCCUUGUGCAUGCUACUCUACCACUGAACUUUAUCCCUUGUUCCCUGAAAUUGAUGCCUUUCUCAUCCCUAGAUUUAAUGAAUUUUGAAAUACUGUUAGAUCUGCCUCCUUCAUUUUCUCAUAAAUCCUUCUUUUACAGCUUUCACUCCUAGUUUAGUGUAACUCAAUGGUUCUUAAAUCACAUCUAGCCAAAUAUCUCAGUAAUUUCAAAGUUGAGCUCCCUAGCCUAAGUGCAUUCUUCUUUCCACCUCUUUUAGAUUUUAUUUAUUAUGUAUACAGUGUUCUGCCUGGCACGACAGGAGAGGGCACCAGAUGGUUGUGAGCCACCAUGUAGUUGCUGAGAAUUGAACUUAGGACCUCUGGAAGAGCACUCACUUAACCACAGAGCCAUCCUUCCCACCUCUUAAAAUUUGUUGCCGCAGUAAAUCUUGCCACUGGUUGACUCUGCUGAAACAGUUUAUCGCUGCAAAGUCAAAUCCAGAUUUCCUAGUCCUGAAGCCCCUCCAUCUGCAGUCCAGCCACCAUAUUCUUACUUGAUUUAUGGACAAGAAGUUAUCAUUGAAGUUAAAUGGUGGCCGACAUGUACAAGGAAUACUACGGGGCUUUGAUCCCUUUAUGAAUCUUGUGAUUGAUGAGUGUGUGGAGAUGGCAACUAGUGGGCAACAGAAUAAUAUCGGCAUGGUGGUCAUACGAGGAAACAGCAUCAUCAUGUUAGAAGCCUUGGAAAGAGUCUAAACAAUGGCUGGUCAGAAGAGGAGUCCACAUCCUUCCCCUAAGGACUGUUUGAUUGGGGUGUAGAAUUGGGUCAUGUACAUUUUCAUAUGAAACUUUUUGCUAAAUAAACUCUUGUGAUACUCAGAGUGCAUUUUUGUAGUUA